AGCAACUUCAUGAGCUAAUAAUGAUGGAGCUGUAGCUCUCAGUGUGGAUAUCAGAAACAAGAAAACUGUUACCAGGCAGGAAUUCAACAUUAACUGACCAGGGACCAGGAUCAGAAGUAAACAGAGGCUUACUACAACUCUGUGGCCCAGUCCAACCUGUGUUGUCUGAGUUGGUGCCUGACGACCCUCCUGAAUGAAUGAGUGGGUGGGCCCCGACAUCAAUGUGGUGGGACCGCUGCAAAUCCCACCCAAUGAUGAAUUCUCCAUCUCAGAGAGCUCCCACUUGUUUGAUAUUCUGGCAGAUCACAGCAGCCCCCUCCUGCAGGAUCCCGACCUCUUACCCUUCACCAACUACCCCAGCAUGCAGUACCCAUCCAUGGAGCCAACCAUGUCUUCCACACCAUACUACUCCAAUCAGAACUACUACCCUCAGUACAAUGGAGAUGAAUGGUACUCACACACAGGGAUAUAUGAACUAAGGAAAGGACCCCUGGAGGUCAGCUAUGAUGCUGAGAUAGAGGAGACGUCUGCUGUGGUGCCUACCGUGUGUAAGAGGAUGCGGCACAUGUCUCAAGCUGGGAGGGUCAAAGGGGAGGAACUGUGUGUUGUGUGUGGAGACAAAGCCUCUGGAUACCACUAUAACGCUCUCACCUGUGAGGGCUGUAAAGGUUUCUUCAGACGGAGCAUAACCAAGAACGCUGUGUACAAAUGCAAGAGCGGUGGAAACUGUGAGAUGGACAUGUACAUGCGCAGGAAAUGCCAGGAGUGUCGGCUAAGAAAGUGCAAAGAGAUGGGCAUGCUGGCUGAAUGCCUUCUGACAGAGAUCCAGUGUAAAUCUAAAAGGCUACGGAAGAACACCAAGGCCUCCCCGGGACAGUCGACUGGAGACGAGACAGAGGGGACAGACAACACAGACAGCAAACAGGUCACCUCUACCACUAAACUGUCAAAGGAAAAAGUUGAACUCACCAAAGAGCAGCAGGCAAUGAUGAAAAUCAUUGUAGAUGCUUAUAACAGACAUCAAAUUCCUCAAGACAUGGCCAAAAAACUGCUACAAGACCAGUACAGUGCAGAGGAAAACUUCCUCCUGUUGACAGAAAUGGCAACUAGUCAAGUUCAAGUUCUGGUGGAGUUUACAAAAAAUAUUCCAGGUUUUCUCUCUCUAGAUCAUGAAGACCAGAUCGCUUUGCUGAAGGGUUCGGCCGUGGAAGCCAUGUUUCUGCGCUCAGCCCAGGUUUUCAGCAGGAAGAUGCCCAACGGACACACAGAAGUUUUAGAGGAGAGAAUACGCAAGAGUGGUAUAUCAGAGGAAUUCAUGACACCAAUGUUCAACUUUUACAAAAGCAUUGGUGAACUCCACAUGGUACAGGAGGAACAGGCUCUCCUCACAGCCAUAACCAUCUUGACACCAGAUCGGCCUUACGUGAAGGAUCAGCAGGCUGUUGAGAGACUUCAGGAGCCCAUGCUGGACAUGCUGAGGAAGCUGUGUGGGCUACAGCACCCGCAGAAGCCUCAGUACUUCGCUCGGCUCCUGGGCCGUCUGACGGAGCUGAGAACACUCAACCAUUACCACGCAGAGAUGCUCACAUCGUGGAGGAUGAACGACCACAAAUUUACCCCGCUGCUCUGUGAGAUCUGGGACGUGCAGUGACACAGCAGGAGAAGGGAAGAAAUUCAUAGCUUGGGGAUGAUAACGUGAACAUUUAAACUUGCAAGACAAAGUCAUGGUCCAACUGCACAAGCUGUUUGUCUCUAUGUUGUCUGACCUUGACGGCAUUAGUCAUAUAUUGACUCGGUUUAGAGUAUUGUUUGAGUUUAUUCUGCUCAUGGAUUUUUUUUCAUGGCUCACACCAUCAUCAUGUCUAUUUGCCGUGCGAUUUAGUCAGCUCAGACUUGUAGAGGCAAUUGAAUUUAUGGCAGUGUUUUCCGCACAAAGAGGAAACUAUUCAAAGGUAAAGCAGAUUUCUCAUUACUGUGAACAUAAUGUAAAAAAAUCUUGAAGGCCCAGCGCGAUUAGUCAGGCAAGUACAAACACUGGAACUUAUUCAAAGCAAAGAUGGUGCUCAUAUGAAGUGUAAGGUUUAGAUUACAUUAAGUUUUAAUAAUGGCUUCAUUUAUUUUUUAUUUGUAAAACUCAGUCUUCAUAGAUCUUGCUACAUGUACGUAAAGAUGCAAAGGUUUUAUGUUCUGUCUCUGUUCUGAUUAACAGGGAAAAAGUUUAAGUUAAUGUUUAAGCUUUUUUUCGUAGAUAGUGGUCAGCACAAAGGUAACAGCUGUUCAGUGAGGACAUACAGAUAUAUCAUCUGGUACAUCUGGAAAAUCAUGAUCGUUGUUCCUCUUUCUGAAACUUUAUCUUGAUAAACUAAACUGACAUGUGCAAAUUACUUAAGAAUAUUGACUAAAUAAUGAAAAUUAAAAUAGUCAAAAGGUUUUCACUGAUGAAAUACGGUCUCCCAAUUGUAUAAAUUUCAACAGUAACUAACAAAAACACAGUUUUUUUGUGCCUUAUUUAUGUCUAUGUUUAAACCUGUGUUAAUAUUUCAUUCCAGUGGGCUAUCAGAACAAAUGGACCUCAGUUAAAGGACCAUAAAUGUGUUUUUGCAUGUUUUACCCAAUUUUCUAUAAUUAAAGAAUAUUUAACAUUG